AUGGAAACACGCCGACGAAACAGCAUCUUUGAAAAUCAGGUCGACAAUGUGAUAUUGAUUUUUUGCAACAAUACAUAUUUCGUAUUGAGAUUGCUUUACUAUGUAACUUUUUAUACCAAACCCGAGUCCAUCCAAGGUCAUUUAGUCGGCCGUGGACUCGUAGUUGCUCAGAAUGACCAUCCGAAGAAACUUGAGGAAGGUUAUAGAUACGAGGAUGAAAGCAGCGAUAAAUUGAAUACCACCAAGAUGUCGGUAUCCGAGUUAAUUGAUCAAUUUGAAGAAACUGUGAAAAUCCGGCCCAUUAAGUACGAAGGUCGAAAAUCGCUGAAUCUACUGAUUCGUUGCAAAGAAGAUAUGCAGUCGCGUGAUGAUCCAGAUCAUCACUAUGGAAAUCGGCAGUACCACGAUGGGCCAAUAAAUUUCAAUGAAGAUGUACAAGUAUGUCGUAAACAACACUAUAAUGAAAACCACAAAGCCUGA